CGAGUCCAUUCAUCCAUUGCUCUUCUCUUCAUCAUCCGCCAUGUCGUCUGCACCUGGGAAAGACAGCAAAGCGACAAACGGGGCGACGGAGGAGCAUAAGGGGGAUGUUGAGAGUGAAGUCAAGGUGGUGCCAAAGAUUACGCCUGAGGAUGAGGUCCUUCACCAUCUCACACUCAUCGCUCGCGGGGUGACCAACAUGGAGCCACGCUUCGUCAUCCGAGUCCUGCGAACCCUCACCACGACGAGAAAGAAGACGUCAAAAAAGGUUCUCCGGACGGUAUUGGAGAAAGCUUAUCCAUCAGGAUCCAAGACGGGCCAAUCGCUGAUCGCGUCCGCCGUCUUCCAGUCACUCCCUGAUGAGUCCGCGCCCGAGCUCGACUCAGCCGGAGCCGACACUGAGAUGGACGUCGAUGCCGCGCUAAAAGAUGUAUCAAAGACAGACUCAUCUGAACCUCCCAAAGCCGUGCAACCCAAAAAGUUUUCACCUCCAACGGACGCCUCGGGCGACUUGGUAGUGGAAGGAACAGUCUAUCUGCGGCUCUUGCUCCUCCUCAAGGCGAUCGACGCAAAGCACAUUGACGAGGCCCAGCAAUUCGCCCUCGACACGAUCGAGCUCAUCAACAAGGCCAACAAGCGCAGCUUGGAUCAGCUCGCUGCAAAGGCUUACUUUUACCUCGCGCGAGUGUACGAGCUUCAAGGCAAAUUGUCCGACCUCAGAUCGACACUGCUCGCCGCUCGUCAGACCGCCUCUUUGCGAAAAGACGAGACCCUCGAAGUCACUGUCAUCAACCUACUCCUCCGAUCUUACCUCGCCGAUAAGCAAUACGACCAGGCCGACAAGCUAAUCGCAAAGUCGACGUUCCAAGGUCAAGUCAACCAAGCUCAAUCUGUCAGAUGGCUGUUCUACGCCGGUCGAUUGAGAGCUAUCCAGCUCAACUACACAAAGGCCAGAGAAUACUUUCAGACGGCCAUCAGACGCGCUCCUAAAGACGACGUUGCACCUGGCUUUGUCCAGAUCAUCCACAAAUACUUCAUCGUGGUGGUACUCCUCACCGGUGUCAUUCCUGAGCGUUCCAUGUUCCGCAAACCUGUCUUGCGCGACGCCCUCGUCCCGUACUUCCAGAUCGUCCAGGCCGUUCGAGUGGGCGAUGUCACAGCCUUUCAAAAAGCAUUCAAGGAACACGAGGCUACUUUUCUGGCCGAUUCAACCCACUUUUUGAUCCUCCGACUGCGACACUUUGUCAUCAAGACUGCCCUCCGAACCAUCACUCUGGCUUACUCGCGCAUAUCUCUCGCCGACGUCUGUAUCAAGCUUCACCUGGAUUCCGAGGAAGACACAGAGUAUAUCGUCGCCAAAGCCAUCAAAGACGGAGUCAUUGAUGCCACGAUCGAUCACGUCGAGGGAUACAUGCAAUCUCGAGUCGCCAGGGACAUGUACGAGACGGAGGAACCGGCCAAGCAGUUCAAUCGACGAGUGGAGCACUUGACCGGACUAUACAAUGAGACGGUCAGGGCGAUGAGGUACCCUCCAAAUGCUCAUCGGAAGGAACUUGACAACGCCGCCGAGACUCGGGAGCGGGAUAGAGAGAUCGCUCAGAUGAUCCAGGACAAUGAUGUCGACGAUGAUGACAUGGAUGACCUCUAAAGGUGGUGACCAAUGCAUGAGU